CCCUCAUCUACGAUCACUGCCUCUUAUCAAAUUAAAAUAGGUCCCUCAUCACCAGCUUAAUACAAUAUCGUCUUACAGCUAUAUUCUAAUCAAAAGAUAAUCCCUCACCACGAUGCGUCACCAAAUCACCAUCCUCGCCAUCGCGAGCCUGGCACCCAACGCCCUCGCCCAAUCCAGCAGCUCAUCAAUGGACAUGUCGAUGCCGAUGGACAUGUCCAUGUCAAUGACCAUGCCCAUGCCCAUGCCCAUGCCCUCAUCCACAGCGACAUCAACCCCCAACCCCACGCGCACAAUCUCCAUCCCCUGCCUCGUCCCCGGCGCCCUAGUCCUCGUCCAAGACCUGCCCAAACCCUCCAACACCGCCUUAAUCAGCUACCUCUCCGCCGCAACCCCCAACAUCAACACCGGCGCCCUCGCCAGCUCUCCCUGCGCCGUAGCCUCCUCGCUCGUCUCCGCGCUCCCCUCUUCUCUCCGCACAGCAGCUGCUUCUUACCAGACCCAGCUCGCCAGCUUCGUCGCUGCCAACGCGAAGAACAUUAGUUCCGUGUAUGCGGAGUGUAACCCCUUGCCCUCCGCUACUACGAUCUCCGGGUUCGGCUUCUCCCCGGCGAAUAUUACGGACGCGGUUAAUCUUGUUACGGCGUUUGCGGAUACGGGGUGUGUUAAGGUCGCGCAGGCUACGGGGACGGGGAAGGGGAGUAGUGGGAGUGGGAAUGGCGCGGUGGCGAGGCAGACGGGGGGUGUGGCGGCGGCGGCGGUGGUGGUUGUUGGGGUUGUGGGCGCUGUUGCGAUGCUUUAGGUCGGAUGGGAUGGGUUGGGUUGGGUUGGGAAGCGGUUUGGUUUCUUUGUUCGUCGCAUGCGGCCUAUGAUGUAUAAACAGGUACCUAGUAGUUAGGUAUGGUAUCACACGGUAUAGCCUAGACUACCUAGAGUCAGCGGUGGUGUUGGCUUCUGUCAAUUUUCGUGGACCGAACGUAUUGGCUAGGGUUCGUUGUUUAAACAGACUUCCUCGAACCGCUGUGGUUAAACCUUCGUAUCGCGU